AUGGCAAGCGCUUUUGAUGAGAUUACUCGUCAAUUUUUAAAGCGUAACUAUGACGUGUUUGAUCGAGAUAAAAUUGGGCGCGUACCUCUUUCGGAUCUUAUUACUCUCUUGCGGAUCUGUGGAGCCACACCCUCUGAAUUAGAUGUGGAGAGCUGGAAAAAAGAAGCUGAUCCUGACGGACGCGGAUCCAUGAAUUUUGACGGCUUUUGUCGCGUUAUGAUGAUUGCCUUUCAAAACAUGAAGACUCCGAGAGAUCUUAGGGCGGCAUUUGAAGGACUGGAUCC